CCGGGCGCACUGACGCUCGGGCGGCGGGGACUCGGGCCGCCGGGGCAGGAGCGCGGGCAGGUGAGCCGGCAGAAAUGGUUCCCAUUUCGUACUGAAAAGCCAGGAAACCUAAGCGGUCCGGGGGGACCCCAGCACCUCUCCUCUUCGAAGCAGCCCGUUACCACAGCGGGCACAUCUUCCCAGCGGGCUUUUUACAAACACGGCCAGAAAGAGUCUUGAGCAUCCGUGCUCCCGGCUGCCGUCGAAGGAAGCGGCCCGUGCUUUAGCUGAGGAGCCGUGAGUCUGGUCAGCCUGACCUGGAUGCCAAGGAAGAUGCCAGAAGCGCUGUGACCGAGGCCUGGCGUGGAGCCGGCAGGCACCGCGGUGCCCAUGGACUUGCAGGCCGAGGGCCCUCCUCCCCCGCCCCGCCUGCCGGGCUCGCAGAGGCCAGAGGCCUAGGCCCGCAGGGAGGGUGUCGGCACACAGAUGCCCUCCAGGCCGUGGGCUCUCCUGAGUGGGCUUCCCGGGCAGGUGUGCCCAGGGCGGAGCAUGCCGGCCAAGGGGCGCUAUUUCCUCAAUGAGGGCGAGGAGGGCCCGGGCCAGGACGCCCUGUAUGAGAAGUACCGCCUCACCAGCCAGCACGGGCCGCUGCUGCUCACGCUCCUGCUGGUGGUCAUCGCGGCCUGCAUCGCCCUCAUCGUCAUCACUUUCAGCUACGGGGACCUCUCUGGACAGCAGGCCGUCCUGGGGACGGCGUUCCUGGCGCUCGCCGUGUUCGUGGUGCUGUACGUGCUGGUGUACGUCGAGUGCCUGGUCCGGCGGUGGCUCCGGGCCUCGGCGCUGCUCAUCUGGGCCUGCCUGGUGACGCUGGGCUACGUGCUGGUGUUCGACGCGUGGACGAAGGUGGCCUGUGCGUGGGAGCAGGUGCCCUUCUUCCUGUUCAUCGUCUUCGUGGCGUACACGCUGCUGCCCUUCACCAUGCGGGGGGCCGUCGCGGCCGGGGUCGUCGCCAGCGUGUCCCACCUCCUCGUGCUUGGCACGCUGAUGGGGGUCUCCUCGUCACCCAGAGCCUGGGUGUGGCUGCAGCUGCUGGCCAACGCGGUCGUCUUCCUGGGCGGGAACCUGGCGGGCGCCUUCCACAAGCACCAGAUGCAGGGCGCCGCCCGCCAGCUCUUCACCUACACCGUCAAGUGCAUCCAGACCCGCCGCAAGCUGCGCAUCGAGAAGCGCCAGCAGGAGAACCUGCUGCUGUCGGUGCUCCCGGCCCACAUCUCCAUGGGCAUGAAGCUGACCAUCAUCGAGCGGCUCAAGGAGUGUGGGGACCGUCGCUACAUGCCCGACAACAACUUCCACAGCCUCUACGUCAAGCGGCACCAGAACGUCAGCAUUCUCUACGCCGACAUCGUGGGCUUCACGCGGCUGGCCAGCGACUGCUCCCCCAAAGAGCUGGUGGUGAUGCUGAACGAGCUGUUCGGGAAGUUCGACCAGAUCGCCAAGGCCAACGAGUGCAUGCGCAUCAAGAUCCUGGGGGACUGCUACUACUGCGUGUCCGGCCUGCCCGUGUCCCUGCCCACCCACGCCCGCAACUGCGUCAAGAUGGGGCUGGACAUGUGUGAGGCCAUUAAGCAGGUGCGGGAGGCCACGGGCGUGGACAUCAGCAUGCGUGUGGGCAUACACUCGGGGAACGUGCUGUGUGGUGUCAUCGGGCUGCGCAAGUGGCAGUACGACGUGUGGUCCCAUGAUGUGUCCCUCGCCAACAGGAUGGAGGCGGCUGGAGUCCCCGGCCGGGUGCACAUCACAGAGGCCACCCUGAAGCACCUGGACCAGGCGUACGAGGUGGAGGAGGGGCACGGGCAGCAGCGGGACCCCUACCUGAAAGAGAUGAACAUCCGGACCUACCUGGUCAUCGACCCCCGGAGCCAGCAGCCGCCCCCACCCAGCCAGCACCUCCCCAAGCCCAAGGGGGACGCGGCCCUGAAGAUGCGGGCCUCCUUGCGCAUGACCCGCUACCUCGAGUCCUGGGGCGCCCAGCGGCCCUUCGCCCACCUCAACCACCGAGAGAGCGUGAGCAGCAGCGAGACCCCUGUCCCCAACGGCCGGCGGCCCAAGGCCAUUCCGCUGCGGCGCCACCGCACCCCCGACAGAAGUGCGUCCCCCAAGGGGCGGUCGGAGGACGACUCCUAUGAUGACGAGAUGCUGUCAGCCAUUGAGGGGCUCAGCUCCACAAGGCCCUGCUGCUCCAAGUCUGACGACUUUUACACCUUCGGGUCCAUCUUCCUGGAGAAGGGCUUCGAGCGAGAGUACCGCCUGGCGCCCAUCCCCCGGGUCCGCCACUACUUCGCCUGUGCCAGCCUCGUCUUCGUCUGCAUCCUGCUGCUCCACGUCCUGCUCAUGCCCAGGACGGUGGCCCUGGGGCUGUCCUUCGGGCUGGUGGCCUGCGUGCUGGGGCUGGUGCUGGGCCUGUGCUUCGCUGACGAGUUGCUGCGGUGCUGCCCGGCCUGGACGGUGCUCCGGGCCGUCUCCGAGAGGGUGGAGACGCACCCGCUGCUGCGUGUGGCCCUGGCCGUGCUCGCCGUGGGCAGCCUGCUCACCAUCGCCAUCGUCAACAUGCCCUUGCUGCCCUCCCCAGCCCUGGGGCUGCCUGCUGGGAACCAGACCAGCCUGAGGGCCGGGAGCAGCAGGGAGAGGACCCCUUGCGAGCUCCUCCCGUAUCACACCUGCAGCUGCAUCCUGGCCUUGGUCGCCUGCUCCGUCUUCCUGAGGAUGAGCCUGGAGCUGAAGGUGGCGCUGCUGACCGCGGCCCUGGUGGCCUACCUGGCGCUCUUCCACCUCUCCCCGUGCGCGCAGUGGGACUGCUGCGGCCCCGGCCUGCGCAACCGCACCGAGGCCAACGCCACCCUCAGCUCCCCCGCCUGCUCCUGGUCAGAUCUGAAGACCAUGAUCAGCUUCUACCUGGUUUUGUUCUACGCCACCCUCAUCUCGCUCUCCCGACAGAUCGACUAUUACUGCCGCCUGGACUGUCUGUGGAAGAAGAAGUUCAAGAAGGAGCACGAGGAGUUUGAGACCAUGGAGAGCGUGAACCGCCUGCUGCUGGAGAACGUGCUGCCGGCCCACGUGGCCGCCCACUUCAUCGGGGACAAGCUGACCGAGGACUGGUACCAUCAGUCCUACGACUGCGUCUGCGUCAUGUUCGCCUCGGUGCCCGAGUUCAAAGUGUUCUACACGGAGUGCGACGUCAACAAGGAGGGGCUGGAGUGCCUGCGCCUGCUCAACGAGAUCAUCGCCGACUUCGAUGAGCUGCUGCUGAAGCCCAAGUUCAGCAGCGUGGAGAAGAUCAAGACCAUUGGCAGCACCUACAUGGCAGCUGCGGGGCUCAGCGUGCCCUCUGGGCAUGAGAACCAGGACCUGGAGCGACAGCACGCCCACAUCGGCAUCAUGGUGGAGUUCAGCAUGGCCCUGAUGAGCAAGCUGGACGGCAUCAACAGGCACUCCUUCAACGCCUUCCGCCUCCGUGUCGGCAUCAACCACGGGCCCGUGAUCGCUGGUGUGAUUGGGGCGCGGAAGCCUCAGUACGACAUCUGGGGAAACACGGUCAACGUUGCCAGCAGAAUGGAGAGCACUGGAGAGCUGGGCAAGAUCCAGGUGACUGAGGAGACAUGCAGCAUCCUCCAGGGCCUCGGCUACUCCUGCGAAUGCCGGGGCCUGAUCAACGUCAAGGGCAAAGGGGAGCUGAGGACCUACUUUGUCUGCACAGACACUGCCAAGUGCCAGGGGCCCGGGCUGAACUGAGGGCUGCUGGGAGGGGCUGGACCUCCGCCCCUGAAGCAAGCCAAACCCGUGGAAGAUGCAGCCCGCCAGUCACCGAGGCCGCGGAGGGGCUGGCUGCCGUCGCCUCCCGACAGAUGCUGUGGGGGCCUCCAGGAGCCUGCACGAGAGGACUUCUGGGGCACGUGCACCAGCACCCCUGCUUAAGGCAACCGCUGGGCCUCCUCACACCGGGCAGUUGGAACCCCUGUGCUGGUGGGGGAACGUAGCCCCCAGCCUCAGGAAAAGGCUCCCGAAUUUCAGCUUCUCAUUCGAGUCCCUGCUGCUGCUGGCCUGCUGUGGUCAUGACCGAACCCCCAUGGCCGGGAGCUGCACGGCCAGCUGUUUUCCAGGCAGGAGGACAGAGACAAGUAGCUGAUGGGCUGGACGCCUUUGCCCCCGCGACCAGCUACGGCUUCUAGACUUCUCACCCGGCAUUCUGGCGAAUGGAGCUGGAAAGGGCGUUUCAAAUGUCCAGGUGGUUUCAAACGGCGGGAGAGAAACCCGUGGACGUGGGCUACUUCCGCCUCUGGCACGUGUUUCUUUAAGUGGAUGUAUUAUCAAUGAAGGUUUUAUCCUUUUUAAUGAUUUCUUAGGUCUAGACAAGCCUCUUCCCUCCAGUGUAUUCUCUGCCUUUUAACCACUGGCACACAAGCAGGACCACUGUCCAGGGUCAGCUCUGCGGAAGGUGGCCCCCCACUUUAACUCCAGCCUUUCGAGGUUAGGUUCAGUCAGCAAGAAGCCUGGAAAGCUAGGCCCAGCCACCUCCUCAGCCCGCCUACUGGUGCACGUCGGCGCCGUCCCUGCCAGCUUCGGCAGGAAGGAGUGGGGUCUGGGGCGCCCAGCACCUCUGAGACCCCCUCCUGUCCUCUCGUCUGCAUACUGCCCCUGAGGCGCUUCAAUCCAGCCAGGGCACGUGGAGAGGUCCCUGACCUGGUUGCGGAGAUGUUCUUGUUCUGACCGAAUGAACCAGGGCAAGUGCAAAAAGCAUCUGGGAGCUUCGACUCUCACAGAACCCCAAGUCCAGCCAGGCUCCACGGGGCGAGAACCAGCCUGCUGCUCCUCGUUCUGCACUGCCACCUGAGCAGAGCCACCGGCCCUGAUGCAGGCGGUUCACUACCGCAGGGACCCCCGGAUCUAAUGCAGGCGAUUCACUACGGCAGGGACCCCCGGAUCUAAUGCAGGCGAUUCACUACGGCAGGGACCCCCGGAUCUAAUGCAGGUGAUUCACUACCACAGGGACCCCCGGAUCUAAUGCGGUGACGUCACUACCGCAGGGACCCCCGGAUCUAAUGCGGUGACGUCACUACCACAGGGACCCCCGGAUCUAAUGCAGGUGAUUCACUACCACAGGGCUCUCAGCUAGUCACCCACGGACCCCCUGGGAUUAGAGAACUGCACAGAGACUUCUUCAGGAAGAGGAUACAAGGUUGCAGGCAGGGCAACUUGCACAGGGUGCUGGUGGGCGCGUGGAUGCGUUGCAUGUAACUGGGAUGGUCUGAGUAUACGACAAGGAAUUGUAUGGCAGCAAUGCUGGGAAGGGAAUAAGCCUCCAACGGCCUUUUACACAGCGGUUCUUCAUAGGAAGGGCUGGUUUCAGGUAAGUCCUGUGCUGUAGCCGAUCCUCUAGAGAGCAGCGCAAACAUCAGGCUACAGGAGCUUAAAGAAUACUGGUUACCAUGAACGUACGUAUGUGUGUUUACAACUAAAGCACUGUGCCCGGAUGAGAUGAGCUUUCGAUGUUCAGAUCGGAGUGUGUAACUGACCAUGACAGUCACUUGCAGUUGUGUUUUAUAAAUGUUUUCUAAUUACG